GGCAACGCUGUACCAGGAGUGGGACGAAGUAGCAAAACUCCCGGAGAGGCGGGAGCUACUCUGCAAGCCUGCUGAAAGAAGAAAAAAAACAAAACCUCAAAAUAACCUUAAAAAUAGAAACCGAAGCAAACGCCAAUCCUUCGAAAUGUACAUGUACUGGACUAUUUUUUUGUAACGUUGAUAAUGUAUUCUAUGUGAAGAAAGUAUUUAUACUUUUUUUUUCUAUUUGCACUAACUAACAGUACUUCAGAACUACUGAGAAUCUUUAUUUUUUACAACAAAGAGAAUAUUAAUCACACCCUGUGGGAGGACAUCAUUUCACUUCAAAACCAGCACUUUUCCUUUUCAACCUGUUUUAUCCACAUCUACUGGUUGCUUUCGCCAUCCUGCCUGGAGAGCAUCUGUGUUGCCAACCACGGAUAAACAAAGCAGCCCCAGUGGAGACAUUCAAGGUCAGAAACACCUAAUCUUCACGCACCUGGUAAACUUCGGCAGUUAGCUAUGCAGCUUGAAAUCCAAGUAGCUCUCAACUUCAUCAUCUCCUACCUGUACAACAAGCUGCCGAGGCGGCGGGUUAACAUUUUCGGCGAGGAGCUGGAUAGGCAGCUGAAGCAGAAAUAUGAGGGACACUGGUACCCCGACAAGCCAUACAAGGGCUCAGGAUUCAGAUGUAUCCACGUGGGGGAGAAGGUGGACCCUGUGGUGGAGAAGGCAGCCAAAGAGAGCGGGCUGGACAUCGAGGAUGUCCGCAACAACCUGCCUCAGGACCUCAGCGUCUGGAUUGACCCCUUCGAGGUGUCCUAUCAGAUUGGAGAGAAGGGGCCCGUCAAAGUACUGUACGUUGAUGACACCAACGAGAGUGGAGCUACAAAUGGGGGGAUUGAUCUGGACAAAGAGAUCAAGAACAGUUUCAAUCCUGACGCGCAGGUAUUCAUGCCCAUCAAUGAGCCUGUGAACAGCGUCUCUCCUGGCUCCACCUCGCCUUCUCCUCCUUUCGGCCACUCGGCGGCAGUCAGCCCCACCUUCAUGCCCCGCUCCACGCAGCCUUUAACCUUCACAACAGCCACCUUCGCCGCCACCAAAUUUGGCUCCACUAAGAUGAAGAGCAGCGGACGCAACAACAACAACAACGGCGGCAACGGCGGCGGCGGUGGCGGCAGCAAUGCUGGGAACAAGGUGGCACGUACCUCUCCCACCAACCUGGGCCUGAAUGUGAACAGUCUCCUGAAACAGAAAGCCAUCUCCACCUCCAUGCACUCUCUGUACGGGUUGGGCCUCGGAGUGCAGCAGCAGCAGCAGCAGCAGCAGCACCAGAAGCCCUCGGCCCUGUCCCCCAACGCCAAGGAGUUUGUGUUCCCCAGCCUUCAGGGCCAGGGCAGCCAGAGCGCUCUGUUCCCCGGGGACAGCUCGCUCAGCCUCAGCCCGCUGCAGUACAGCAAUGCCUUCGACAUGUUUGCGGCCUACGGUGGCCUUAACGACAAGUCCCUUAUGGAUGGCUUGAAUUUUAGCUUGAACAACAUGCAGUAUUCUAACCAGCAAUUCCAGCCAGUUAUGGCCAACUAGUACACGUUAAGGUACUUCUUAAGCUACUACUUCUCACAGAAACGACCAGAGAUAAUGUGAUCGGGGGGGGGGGGGGACAAACAUAAAUGCACAUUAUGAAAAACGAAAAAAAAUUGUAAAACCUAAAGAGAAUGUCAUGGAUAAAAGGAAAAAGUGACUUGUCAGCUGUAAGAUCUGUUUACGAGUCUAAGAGCAUGAGCCCGAGGGUGAAUUACUUUGCCCCCUUGAGUUAUACCUUUAGUACAAGAUGUCCGAGCUUGGUUACCUAAAACUUCAACAUGCAUCAUUGUUAUUUCAUUUGCCAACCAAGCACAAAAUAUUUUUUUUUAUGUGACGAAAUGUUUUAUGAUAUAAAAAAAGACAAAAAAAACACCACCACAAGUCAUGGCCUCUUUCAGUAUUUAAACAUAACUGGACAGCGCCAAUUUUUUUCAAGGAAUUGGCAUAAAUAAGUGGGAUUUCCUGGUCUUUUUUCUAUUUGUAUAAUUUAAUUUAGUACAGAGUUUGUAAAAUAUCAGAGUAUCUAUUGUUUCUACGACAUGGUAUUGCAUUUAUAUCUUUUUACUACUCCAGUGAUCUGUGAUGGCUGCAGCAACUUUAUGUUUUCUUUUUUUAUUGAAAUUAUAAAAUGAAUCCAUCUUUAAGAAAAACAUUGACUAUUCUAAAGAUUGUGUACAGAAUAUUCCGUAGUGGUGGGAUUUAAGAAUAUUUGCUUUUUUGAAAAACAUAAGAGUUGUAUUUUCUGUUAAGAGUUUAAAGAUUUUUGCUAUAUUAUGGACAAAAUGUAAUCGUAUAUUAAUUUUGUACCUACAUUGUGCAAUACUUGAUAAAACAAACGGUAUAACAAAGUAUUUGGAGUCAGUGUCUUACAUGUUAAGAGGAACUGAUAGUUUAUUAAGUUUGUAUUAAAAAGCUUGAAAAUAA